AUGCUUAAGAGACUGAGUGAUGUUCUGCCCAGACCGGACCCCUGGAAGUCUUGCAUCGAGCGGUCUGAACUGACCGAGGAGCUGGAACGAGCCGUGGUCAAGGAGAUGCAUCGGAUUGUCGGACGAGCCGAGACUGAGAGGGACAUCGCCAAGGAGCUGAAGUUGUUCCUCGAAAGGGAGGUCGGCGGCCGUUGGUGCGGUAUUGUGGGCACGGCUUUUGGCACGUAAGUCCUGGGUUCUAUUCCGAAUGCCUGUUAUCUACUAAAUCUAGACUGCCCUCUGUGAGGCUGUUCUCCAAACACUUGUCAUAUUUCAGUAGGCCUAUGGGAUUUACAGGCAGUGGACUGGCGGCCGAUGCGAAAGGCUAAUUGGGGAGGAGGAGGAGGUGCGGUCGCUGGAACAGGGCGUUUUCUCGUCUGAAGUUUCGGCCUCACACAGGAAUUCAUCAUUAAAGACGUUCGAUUGGUGACGCUCAGGAGAAUAGGUAGUAAGCGCUAUUUGGAGUGCCAGCAUUUUCGAUACCAAAACUCGUGAAAUACUCUCAAGAAACAUCAAACUUACUUUCGAAUAAAGCUGGUUUCCAGGAUGGGGUUGCAUUAAUGGUAGAUAUGAGAGACAAUACCCUCCAAUAACGAUUGUUUCUUCGCCGGAAAAAAUGCCAGCUACUUUGCGUUAUAUUCUUACUCUUUGAUGCGGACAUAAUUGUAAUCGUUGUCAGUACGAUAAAAACUGAUUAGAGAUUGGCACUUUACAUGCGUUCAGUUAAAAAAUGCAGAUCCCUGAAAUUCGGUUUUAAGUGCUUUGCUUACAGACACCACAGGCUUUCCCCCGAAAUAUGUCGAUUGGCUCGCUCCCGGAGUUUCCUGCAUUUUCAAAUCGUUGGGAAAACCCUCGAGAACUAUCCCUGACAACUGCACGGAAACCCAGAAGAACGUGGAAAAAACCAGGCGCCGUUCAAAGCGCCCAUGGUUUUUGGAUUUGCUUAGUAUCAGAUCAUUUAAAAUCAGCGAACGGUAAACUUUACAAGGAAAUAAUUCUAUGAAAGUUUGCGUGAAGAUGACCUUUUCUCCUGCAAAGCUCAAUAAGUCCAAUUCGAUGUGUGCACAGCAGAUAUUUUGGAACAAAAAGUCUCGGCACAAUAGUCAGUGAAAUGGCAACAUUUCGGACUCCUAUAUGUCCUUCACUGGCAACGCAAGCCUACGAGAGCCUAUUUUACUGGUCUUUGGUCAAUUUUUCAAAAGUUUUGAUAAAUUCUGCAGCCACUUUUAAGACGGGAGGAAUGUAACAAGUUACAUCGUCUGGUUUCCGUUGAUGGCUCCUCGGUCAGCUUACUGUAAAAUGCCGGUGUCUCGGCGUGGGGUUCACUUUAGGAGUCGUCUCAACAGAGGAGGCUUACUUGAAGGGCAAUUUAGAUCUUUGAAUUGCUUUUAAGCUUGAGUUCCCGCGACCAGCUUGGGAUACUCAGUUGUAAAGGGUCCGAAUGAAUAGGAAACAAAUCGUAUCCUGGCAGGAGAAGGUCAAAAACUGGCAAGAUGAAAUGAUGCUGCCGGUAGGUUGUACCAUCUCUAGUUCUCACGAUGCUAAUAUCUGAAAGGGGCAGUGCCUACUAAAGUACGUUGUCUACGCAGUUCGAAAAACCCUGUAGUUAGGUAGGAUCGAACUGGCGGAUCAGGGCGUCUGCGAUGCACGCUCUACCUCUUAAUUACCCCAGUAACGCGACUCGAUCGUGUUUGCAUUCUCCAGGAGCUGCGAGGCGAAACUGAUGCACAGAGGAUUGACAGUUUUGUGCGCACUGCUUCGGAAACUUGAUAUAGUACUUAAUCUUACCAAUCAGAACAGCCUCCUGACACAAGGCUGCAAUCAUUGACAGUACCGACUAUAAUCGUUAAAUCAGUGAUACCUGAAAUCACGGCGGACGUCUGAGGCUAGAACAAAGCCAGACUUUAAGCUGCAUGCUGCCUCAUCCUGUCGAUUGAGAUUCAGACUAUUCAAAGUCACAUGACGGCGAAAUUCCUCCAUCUGUCCUGAUUGUGGAAUGAGGGCCGUCAUUUUCGUUUUUGCGCUCUAGACCCCCAGCCCUCGCAAGUGCUCGCAGAUCGAUUAUUAAGCAGCAAACUAUAGGCGCAAGUGGCAAGGAAGGUUGACAAUGAAAUGAUCGUUUUCGGCGUAGCUGACAUCAUCAGACAGCCAUCCGACUGCGCCAAGCGCUCCAAACCUUUUUAGUCUUCUUUGAGGGAGGAAUGUCUUGCAUUUCUAGCAAAACCGUCAUUAAGUAUAAAUUGAACUCGUCAGAACCAGAAGAAUCUAGAGUUAUCAACCCAGUUACAGGCGUGGCCGCGAUAACUCAAAUGUAGCCCAUCCCGAGCAAGCUUAAAAAGUCAGCUGUGCGAGCCCUUUUCGCGGCAUAUGCUUCCGACCGUACACUCCUAGAUCUGCCCUGAUCCAGAGUCAGGACUUAACUCGAGGUGGGCGGACUGCUGAGGUCUAUUGCACUUCUAAAGAUAGAAUGACUCAAUUCGCCCUUGUCACUCCGUUUUUUUUUCUGUUUCAGCUUCCUCACAUAUGAAGAGCAGGGAUUCAUACACCUGCGUCACGAAGAUGAACACAUAAUUUUGUUUAAAUCGGCCUGA